CAGAUACAUAUUGGAUAGAGAGGAGGGAAGCAGUUCAGCUUGUAUAGGACCAAGAACGGAGCGAUUCAGCUUCCUUCAGCUAUCUCUCCCUCUCUGCACAAACACAUGCUCGUACACACUCCCAGUUUCUCCCCUUGACACACACACAUACACACACCCGCGCACAGGAACAAUUGCUUUAGGGUAUACCAGUCGGCUCUGGCAGUCCUCUUCUUUGUUGUUUUUGCUAUUGGUUGGUCUCAGCGGCAGCACGGCGUGCGCCUCUAUCACCGGGUGGGUGAAUGUGUGUGUGGAGUCUGGAAGGCAGUGUGUGAAGGAUGCCACUGGCUGUACCCGGAAAAUGAGUUUGGAGGAGACGUGGUGAGCCGUUCAUCUAUAGCUGAACGUCAGUACAUCACGGUGGCAGAAGGAGUCGGGACCAAAGAGCUGUCUGAAGUCCAAAACAUUUCAGAUGGAGGUGGAUGCAGACGAUAAGCGCCAUCGCACACGCUCCAAAGUGCCUGUGGAUCCAGCAUUAACAGAACUUUUCAGUGUGUACGGCUGUCCUCUGGCCAAGAAGAGGAAGGGUCUAGACAGGCAAACUCUGGAAACCUCUCCAAAGAGGAGCACCUACCUGGAUGACAUGGACAACUCCACCAUGGAGGAGUGCUAUGAGACAGACGGGACAGAGGAGAUGGACGACAGGGAGGAGGAAGAUGAUGAGGGGGCCGUGGAGGAGGAGGGAGAAGUUGAAGAGGAAGACGUGGAGGGUUACAUGGACUAUAAUGUCGAACAAAUGGAGCAUGAAGACGGAGAGGAUGAGGAUAGAGGAGAGGGAGACGAGGAAGAGGAAGAAGAGGAGGUAGAGGUAGAGCAAGACGAAGAGGAGGAAACCGAUGAAGUGAGGGUUGAGGCAGAAGAGGAGGACGAGGAAGCUAUAGAGGAAGUGGACUAUGAAGGAGAGGAGGAAGACGGAGAGCAGAAUCAACAACAAGAGGAAGAUCAGAUGAGCACUGGUGAGGGGGACGAAGACAAUAAUGGAGGCUGUGGUGUUGGAAAAUCCGGUCCUGCAGCAGAGAAGGAUGACAACAACAAUGAUGAGUAUGAAAACUAUGACGAGCUCGUGGCCAAGUCCCUCCUUAACUUGGGCAAGAUUGCAGAAGAUGCCGCCAAUCGCGCCAUGACAGAGUCUGAGAUGAACAGCAACUCGUCCCACAGUGCUGAAGAUGAUGAGGAGGAAGAAGAGGAGGAAGAAGAAGAUGAGGAAGAAGAGGAGGAGGAGGAUGAAGAGGAAGAUGACGAAGAGGAGGAAGAGGACGAAGAAGAAGAGGAGGAAGGGGAUGAAACACAACGAGAAGAUCUGAGUUUGGAUGUUGACAGCGAUGUGGUUCGAGAAACGGUGGACUCUCUCAAACUCUUGGCACAGGGUCACGGUGCGGUUCUGUCCGACAGCUUAGAUGGACAGGAGUUUGAGAACAGAACGUCCGGCAACGGGGACGACACUGACUGUUCCCACAAUGGUGGAAAUGCACAUAAUGGUGGUCAAAUAAGGACCUCCAGUAAUGGACAAAUAGAAAACAGUGAUGAGGAAGUGUGCUUAAGCAGUCUGGAGUGCCUAAGGAACCAGUGCUUCGACUUGGCUCGAAAACUUAGUGAAACAAAGCCCAAUGAACGAAAUGGCCCAACUCAGCAAAAUCAUUACUCAUGCGGGGACCCCAAUCAGCAACCCCAGCAUCACGGCUACGGAGAUUAUCACAGCAGCCAAGACGACAGACGGACUCUUGAUAGGAACUAUUCUGACAUGGACAAUCUCAUGAAGCUUGAGGAGCAGCUGAGCCCACGCUCCAAGGCCUUCUCUAGCUGUGCACACGAUGAGCGAUAUCACACCAACAGCCACCGGGACUUUGACGAGGACACGGCCUCGGUGACGUCAGACCGAUCGGAGGAAGUGUUUGAUAUGACAAAAGGGAAUCUGUCCCUGCUAGAGAAAGCUAUUGCACUAGAGUCGGAGCGUGCCAAAGCAAUGCGGGAUAAAAUGGCUGCUGAGGCAGCCAGAAGAGACGGGGUGAGGUACACCCAUGAAGAGCACGGCCCACGUCAUGGUUACAGUGUUGAGCGCAAAGCCCGACUUCCUGAUGGCAUGAAGAAGCCUUUCUUCCAUAAAGAUGUUUCCCGCGCAGACAAGAAGGAGAGCCGAUGUCCGACGCCGGGCUGUGAUGGAACGGGUCAUGUGACAGGCUUGUACCCCCACCACCGCAGCCUGUCGGGCUGUCCGCACAAAGACAGAGUGCCGCCAGAAAUUGUGGCAAUGUAUGAGAAUGUUCUUAAGUGUCCUACGCCUGGCUGCACGGGACGCGGCCAUGUCAAUAGCAACAGAAACUCUCAUAGAAGUCUAUCUGGAUGCCCGAUUGCUGCUGCUGAAAAGUUGGCAAAAGCCCAAGAGAAGCAUCAGAGCUGCAAUGGCCCAAAGUCCAACCAAGCCUCUGACAGAGUCUUAAGGCCUAUGUGCUUUGUCAAACAACUGGACUAUCCACAGUAUGGUUACAAGAACAAUGUCUCCACCAGCACGCCCCGCUCCAACCUGGCCAAGGAACUGGAGAAGUACUCCAAGACCAGCUUCGACUACAGCGCUUUUGAUGGCAGCAACAACCACAACCAAGUGUAUGGAAAGCGGGCCAUUGCACCCAAAGUUCACGGGCACAGGGACACAUCCCCCAAAGGAUAUGAUGCCAAACGAUAUUGCAAGAACUCCAGCUCAGCCAGCAGCACCACCAGCACCUACGCCCCCAGCAGCAGCAACAGCAGCCUGAGCUGUGGGGGUGGUGGAAGGGGCGCGGGAGGAGGCGGCGGUGGUGGGGGCAGUAGCGCCAGCAGCACAUGCAGCAAGAGCAGCUUCGACUACAGCCAUGACAUGGAAGCUGCCCACAUGGCAGCGACCGCAAUCCUCAACCUUUCCACGCGCUGCCGGGAGAUGCCCCAUGGCAUGGGCGGAAAACCCCAGGACCUGUGUUCACAGAGCCCCAGUCUAGAUGUUGAUGAGAACGGUACAUUGGACCUGAGUAUGAGCAAGAGUCUGUGCGGCGGCGGCGCAGGGGACUCGGUACUCACCCCACUAGAGCCCAUGUCCCCCCAGAGGCAAGCGGCACUGCUGGGCUCCCGCUGUUACGGCAUGGGUGAUGCUGCAGACUGCUGGGACCUUCCUGUAGACUACACCAAGAUCAAACACAUAGACGAGGAUGAGAAAGAGCCUGAUGAUCUGGAUCCCUUCCACGAUCUGCUGGAGGAUCGAUCCUACACCACAGAUGUUAACAUGCCAAGCCCCAAGCCCAAGUACGUCCAGUGCAAGGAGAGUAAGAAGGACCUGAUAACAUGUCCCACACCGGGGUGUGAUGGAAGUGGUCACUUGACGAGCAAUUUCACCUCACAUCGAAGUCUCUCAGGUUGUCCUUUGGCUGAUAAAAGCAUUCGAAGCAUGCUAGCCAACAAUGCACAAGAACUCAAGUGUCCGACACCAGGGUGUGAUGGUUCGGGACAUAUCACUGGUAACUACGCUUCCCACAGAAGUCUUUCAGGGUGUCCGCGGGCCAGGAAAAGUGGGAUAAAGAUCAUCCACAGUAAAGAGAAUAAGGAAGACCAGGAGCCUAUCAGGUGUCCGGUCCCAGGUUGUGAUGGUCAGGGACACGUGACGGGGAAAUAUGCAUCCCACAGAAGUGCUUCAGGUUGCCCCAUCGCAGCCAAGAGACAAAAAGAUGGCUACCUGAACGGAAUCCAGUUCACAUGGAAGUCUGGAAAAACAGAGGGCAUGUCCUGCCCGACACCAGGCUGCGACGGCUCGGGACAUGUCAGUGGCAGCUUCCUGACCCAUAGGAGUCUGUCGGGUUGUCCGCGCGCCACCUCCGCCAUGAGGAAAGCCAGGCUCUCGGGAGUGGAAAUGCUAACAAUAAAGCACCAACGUGCCAGCAACGGGCUGGAUCAUGAUGAAGAGAUCAAGCAACUGGACAAUGAAAUCAAAGAUUUAAGUGAAUCGAAUUCACAAGUGGAGGCUGACAUGAUCAAACUCAGAACACAGAUCACAACAAUGGAGACCAACUUGAAGUGCAUAGAGGAGGAAAACAAGGUGAUUGAACAGCAAAAUGAAUCUCUGCUGCAUGAGCUGGCCAACCUCAGCCACUCACUGAUUAACAGUUUAGCUAAUGUCCAGCUCCCUCAUAUGAAACCUCUGACAGAAAAAGAGCUUCCUCUGAGGAAUAACAGCUGCUUACAGAUGCACCAGCAAGAGUCAUUAAGUGAGCAGAACUUUGACGCCUACGUCACCACUCUGACGGAUAUCUACACAAACCAAGACCAGUACCAGAGUGCGGAAAAUAAAGCUUUGCUCGAAAACAUCAAGCAAGCAGUUCAAGGGAUUCAAGUGUAACAUCUCGGCAAAGGAACACGUUGGUUCUCCGCAGCAGAAAGAGACACAGGCAGUGACGGUUUGACCUCCUCGGUUCAGUGCAGUAAUUUGAUAUAGUGUUAUAUAUAUUCUGAAUUCUGUUCUUUGGAGAAAAAAAAAAGAGGUAUUAUCCUUAAAAAGACCUCAAGAUAAUUUCUUUUUUCUCUUUUUUUUUGUUUUUGAGUCUUGCUUUUGAGGAAGAGCAUAAAGGAGUAAAUCGCAAAAUAGUUUUUGAGGACAUUUACAUUUUGUACGUUUUCAUAUGAGCUGACAUAGUGUCAUGUAAUGUUUCUAGCUGCUCAUGUAUGCACAUUUUUAGUGUAUAUUUCUGAACAGUAAGCUAAUGAAAACAGAGGUUCUUUUUAUUGCUCGAGAAAACAAAGCAUUUCAGACAAAAAAAAGGUGACGACAAGAAACAAGAAAAAACUACAAGCAAGGAAGAAGCUUUUUAUUUUCAGUGGAUGAUUCUGGACUCAAUGAACUGAGAUGAUUCCCCCCUCCUUCUUUAUCUUCUUCUUUCUGCGUGUAGAUUGUCAAAUAGCAAGAACUGGUUUGCGAAUUGCUUUAUUUUCUACACAAUGCUUGAGAAUCAUUUGUGCUUUGUUAUGACGAAGAGUAAAGAUGUGUCACUGUAGGUGGGGCCAUUUUUAAUCGGUGCUGUAAAUGAAUUCUGGGAAAGAGAAUUACCUGAUGUCUGUAUGAAUGUAUGAAGUUAUAUUGUAAACAUCAUUACACGGAAACCCGAUGGUGGAAAUCCCCUCCUCCCUCAUUACUGUAUCUAGCAGAGCCAAUUUGCAUGUUCUCAUGCUCAUUCCUAAAUUAGCUGGAGGUAGAAAAGAUGUGUAAAGACAAUGACCUUUAGAGGCAAGAUUUUAGCCUUUUUUAAGAAUCAAAUCUGAUCAGUGGUAUGUUGCUAGGAUCAUGAAAUGUCUCAGCAAUAUAUAUAAAAAAACAAACAAAAUCAUUUGUUUAAAAAGAGGUAUAUGCGAUGCAAUCUGCAAAAGAAAAAAAAAAAGGUUGGGUAUAUGCAAUCUCUUGUUUAUAAGCAUAGCGGGGUAACAUGAAUCUUUUUAAUAUAGCCUAUGUAAAAUAUUGAUUUUUAUACAAAUCUUUUAAUACAAAAUGUCUUUUUAAAAAAGAGGAGGGAACCUGGACAUUGUGUUUUAGGAGCAAAAAGUAUAUGAGUUGAACUUUUUUUGUUUAGUUUUUUUUCUGUACGACUUUGCACAGGGACACCUUCGUUUCCAUGUUUUGAUGUUCUUACAGAAGCUAAACGCAGUUACCCGAGAGCCGGAGGAGAAAAGGUUUUGUAGAGAGUAUUUAUAGAGAGCGGGACUUACAGGGUCGCUGUCCCCACUUAUGUGCCAGUAAGACUAUUUGCACUUCUCCUUGAAAAUAUUAUCCUUACGUAUGGCGGCGUGCAAUUUUUCCAGGUGACCUCUUCGGCACACGAUUGGAGCAACCAACCGCUUGGAGCCACUGCAGGUGUGGAUUUCCUCCCACUGAGAGCAAAAAGAGAGAAGGAACAAGGACUCUGAAAUCUGACAGAAGGAUUAUAAUCUUAGCAGUUAUAUUUUAGGCUGUUAUCAAUUGUAAAAACAUUAAAAUUCUUUCAUUUUUUUGCUACGUCUUAGGAAGAUGAAGUUAUUCCCCCCUCUCAGCAGCACUUUAUAUCUAAUCACUGUACAAAGAAUUAAAUAGUCAAUCAGUUCAAGGUUUGAAAAAGAAAAACAAAAAAAGCAGAGGAGGUGAAAGCUUGGAGACCUUUACAGACUAAAAGUAGGCAGCCCUCCAUUCCGUCACAGUAGUUGUUAGCGAUCAUGUUCAGAAUUUGCCUUUUCGAGAGCUAAUGCAAAAAGGUGCUUGUGGUUCACCUGACUGAAUCUCAUCUAUUGUACUUAAUGGGUCCCCACUCAGGACUCUACUACCCAUCAUCCAUGACUGCAUACGCCUUUUUCUCCACAGCAUCGUGUCUGCAGCUUUUGCCAAUAUAGUAAUGCUUCAGUAGAGUUAUAGCUAGUACCAGUUUUUGAAUUAAUUCUCAUUAACGGUGAAAAAUGGACAAAGGGACUUUAAAGCACAAACCAGCUGCUCAUCAGACGUUGGUGCAUAAAUAAUAAAUCUGAAAAGAGUUAUCUGUGACUAUAGGGACACACAAGAGGUUUGUCACUUAUUUAGAAUGCUGAAUUUUCAUAUAAAUUAUUGUGAAUUCUUUAGAGUUUAUUACUUUCUUCAAGCCGGUUCAUUUUGAGGUUGAGUUCAGUCGCCAUUAACAAAGACAGGAUUUUGUAUAAACUAUUGUGCUCUCUCUGUGGAACUGAAGUUUGAUUUAUUUUUGUACUACACAGCAUGGAUUUGUUGACAUUUUAAUUUUGCUAUAAAUGUGUGAGAUCACAAGUUGCUGUGAUAUUUCAUUUAUAAAUUGUGAACUUUGUACAAUUUUUGUCAUGCUGGAUGUUGACACAUCUUACUCAGAAUAAAGAAAAAAAAAAGUGUU